AUGAAACCGUAUCAAUACGAUAAUGAAAAACAAAUAAGAAUGAUCAACAUAACAACAGUGAAUGAUGGGAAUGCAGGAGAAGAUAAUGAAGAGGUGGAGGAGGAAAUUGAAGAUGAAAAUGGGAAUGCAAGAGAAGAUAAUGAAGAGGUGGAGGAGGAAAUUGAAGAUGAAAAUGGGAAUGCAGGAGAAGAUAAUGAAGAGGUGGAGGAGGAAAUUGAAGAUGAAAAUGGGAAUGCAGGAGAAGAUAAUGAAGAGGUGGAGGAGGAAAUUGAAGAUGAAAAUGGGAAUGCAGGAGAAGAUAAUGAAGAGGUGGAGGAGGAAAUUGAAGAUGAAAAUGGGAAUGCAGGAGAAGAUAAUGAAGAGGUGGAGGAGGAAAUUGAAGAUGAAAAUGGGAAUGCAGGAGAAGAUAAUGAAGAGGUGGAGGAGGAAAUUGAAGAUGAAAUACCAACAUUUGAAGUGAAGUCAGUAUUGGCUAUAGAGAAUGAAACAUUACCACAAUAUUGGUCAGUUGAAUUGACAAAUACAAGUACUCCAGCUUAUAUUAAUUUGGCAGCUAUAUUUUGUGAUUCAAUUUUAAGUAGUUUGAAACUCGGAAAUCCAUCAUUGUCAAACGAUGCAAAAUGUACUAAUGUUACAUUCACACCAGUUGAGUCCUCAAAUCGUCUGAAAAGACAGGUAGACGCGACCUUAAAUCAAAAUAGAGAACAAGGUAUUCAAGGAACAGCGAAUAUAGAAAUUCCAACUCCUCAAGGAAAAGAACUGACUACAGAAGCAUUUACAAAUAUUAUUAAUUCUGGUAAUGAGAAAUCAGACAACAAAACCGGACUGAAGUUAUCUAAUGUGGAAACUAAAAAAACGAUUGUAUUAAAAACUAAAACAAUAAUGAAGAAGAAGAAGAAACGUACGAAAAAAGUUCCAGUAGAUCACACCGGAACUAUCAUCGCCAUAGCUGCUGCUGCUGCUGGAAUUUUACUAAUUGUAAUUGUUAUUGGAAUCAUUUAUAAACAUCGUCAAAGAAAUCCCGCUUUAACAUUAAAUCAUCUUAAAUAAUUCAUAAAUUUUCCUUAUUUAUUUAUUAUCGUUUAUUGAUUUAUUAUUGUUUAUUAAUUUAUCUUAAUCAAUAUUAGUUUAGUUAAUGUUUGUUAUUAAUUUUUGUAAUGAAGUACAUAUUUUUUGUAGUGAAUAGUUUCUUUUCAAUAAAACUUAUAUUGCAAUAAAUAAAUUUUUUUUAUUAUUUUCUUCACAACGAGAAUAAUGUGGGGUGGAACUCGUACUAGUCAAGUAGGUGGUUGUUGGUGAUGGGGUGGGUGUCUGACUCUCUUAUGAAAUAGGAUUGAGUUUUAUUGUUUUUAGUUAUCAUGUAAAAGUUUGAAUGAUAUCCGGUUAGUUCUCCUAAAAACCAUUAU